AUGCUCGUCACUACCGAUUUGAAACUGUACUUCACAAUAUUCCUCUUCUGCUCGUUCAUAUACUACUCGGCACAUAGAACAACGAUGACACACUACAGGUCGUGCAUCCCAUUCAGUGCGUGA